UUGCUGAGUAAAUGUACAGUAAAUGUAUUUUGUGCAGUUGAUAUUAGGUGGACACAUGCAAAUGAUUGUGGAGUCUGUUUGUUAUUUGCAUUUGGUUAUUUUGCAUUAGCAGAAGGAAGAUUGCAGAGAACUGGCCUGGCUGUAAGGGUGGUGUGACCUGUGUGUAAGUAAGUUAUUUUAGGGAGGAUAAUGCUGAGGAAGCAAAGACAGAGAUGCAGGGAGUGGGAGACCAAAUAAAACACAUGUUCUGAGAACACAAACUCUCUGAGACUAAACUGAAGGAAUACAGCUGGUUGGCAGCAUGGCCAGCAGGACUGAUCAGACCAGAGUGGUGUGUGUGGUGUUGCCCAACAAGAACCAACUCAACAUUACAGUGGGGUUAAAAUGCAGGGGGCAGGAGGUAAUCAAUCAACUAUCUGAGCAACUUGGCAUUCAGGAUCUGCAUCUCUUUGGCCUGUGUUUGGAAAAGGAUAACGAUCACCUGUUCCUCGACCUGGAGAACAAACUAAGCAUCUACUUUCCUCAAGCCUGGAAGCUACACACAAUGCAGAAGGGAAUAGUUCUGCAUCUGAAAGUGCAGUACUACAUCAGAGACGGUCGACUCAUCACAGAGGAGAAGGUGCGCAGUCUGUACUAUGCUGACUUAAAAGGCAGAGUUUUGUGCUCACAAUGUUCUGGACAGGAAGGCCAGUACUUCCAACUGGCUGCAUAUGCCUUACAGGCAGACCUGGGGGACUGGACAGAGAGAGAGGAAUCAUACUUUAAGCCACAUGACUACUUUCCUCCAUGGAUUUUGACGAAGCUCGGAUGUGACUACGUUUUGCAGCACACUCCAGUCCUGCACAGAGAGCUGUUAGGAAUGUGUGUGUACGAUGCUGUGCUGCUGUUCAUCCAGGAGGCCUGUAGAAUAAGUGAUGUGCCUGUCGUCUUCUACCACAUGAGCAAGGAAAAGAAAGAGCAUGGCACCAGUGUUUUAGUGGGUCUCGCUUUGACUGGACUUCAUGUAGAUGAACGUAUGAUGAGCGGAGAACAGCUGCUUUUAUAUGAAUUUCCUUGGUCAAGCAUAGAUCGCAUUAAUUUCCAGGGUAAAAGGUUUGAAAUUAGGGCAGAAGGCCUGGCUGAAUCGGGGCUGAUACUGUAUACUCGCUCACUUCUGCACUCCCAACACCUGCUAAAGCACAUGAGCAGCAUUCACCGAUUACACCUUAAAACAAAGCACUCAGUCAAACAGCUGCUGCCGUUCCGGCACAGAGCAGGGGGAAAGCUGUACAGAGAAGUGUGUGUAAAGGAGAAGUCUGAUGCAGACACAGACACAGAGACUGAGGAUGAGCUUCCACCAUUAAAAUCCCACAUUGUCAAAGCCAGGACACUUCGAGAAAAACCAGUGGAACCUGUUCCAAAAAUCACCCCCUCUGAGAUUGAGAUGUGUGUUGAUGAGCCAGAGGAGAUGUUCGUUGAUGACCCUGAUGAUAUCAGACGCAUGAUUGAGCUGCUGGAAGGAGUGUCUGUGGAUGGCCCACAAUUAAUGCCAUUAAUACCGCUCUCCCCCUGGAAAAAUGUUACAAUGGAGAUGAAAGAAGUUUUGAAGUGGCGAGCAUGCAGUGUCUCUAUGGACUCUCUCUGGAACGAAGAAUAACUUUUACACCCAGUCAGCCCUCCACUAACAAGCAACCAAGCACAAAAGGCCUCCAUCUGACAAUGCAGCCUCUUUUACAUAGUUUUUACUUCAGCUUCAUCAUGUGAUCUCACUCAUAGUCUAUACUGCCAAAAAUGAAAGAAUGGGUCACUCUCAGGAGUGAAAAGUAUUGUGAAAGGUAUUCAUCUGUACAAGUCCAGUUGUGAUCUUUUUUCACAACGAAAUAAUCCUGCUGUCAGUGGAAUUAUAACAAAGUGGAAAUUACUGUAAACUACAGCAAUUUGGCAACAAAGUGGUAGGCCAAGUAAAAUGACAGAGUGGGUUUAGUAAAUGCCAAAGUUCUUAACCCUUGUGUGUUGUUCGGGUCUGUGGGACCCGUUUUAAUUUUUCAUCAAAUGAUACUAAAAAAAUAUUUUUUCUAACUCAAAUUCAUUGGCAAUUGCUAAUGUUUUGUGAAAAACAUAUAUCAAAUAUAUAUCAAAACACAUUUUCGAUAAACACACACUGUACACCCCCCCCCCCACACACACACACAUUUAUAUUACAUACAGUAUGUUUGGCAAAGGGCUAAUAAACAUUGCUUCAUUUGUAAAUUUGAAACUAAACAAAUUUUCUACUCAUAUCUUGAGUUUAAUUCAUUUUUCUUUACAUUUUAUUAAAAAACGAAUAAAAAAAGAGUAGCACUUUGUGAAAGAAAUGUAACAUAAGAAAGGUAAAGGGCAAAUAUUAACCAUGUAAGCUGUUUAUAUUGCUUGCAAUUUAGGUGAAGCAAGCACGUGUAAAGCAUUUUAAUGUAAAAUGCUGAAUUAAAUACAAGUAACAAAGUAAACGAGUAACGAAAAUAUGAACACCACACAAGGGUUAAAUCAGUCAAUCACUACAUACCUCCAAAUAGUGUUUAUCUCUUGUAUAAACAUGGUUCUAUCUAUUUCUGUGGCAUCUUUGAAAGAAACGUUAAUUUUUAUGGGUGAGAGCAAGCACACAAAAAAACAAAGUUUAUUAAGGCUCAGAAAGAGAAGGGAGAGAGAGUACCGGUAUGUAACAGUGAGUGAAAGAUUUAGAGAAAGAGAGGCAAAGAAAGAGACAGAACAUACUUUAGUUGAUUAAGAAUCAAUGUUGGACUAAAAAUCUACAGUAGAAAUAUUUAUGUAGUAAAGUAUGUAUGGGGUACUGUGGUUAAUUAAUCUGACACUGAUGUCUAUUAAAAUGAUCAUAAACUCAAAACAGUAAAAGCAAACAUUUUCCAUUAUGUAGAACCAAGUGGAUAUAGAUACACGUGUGAUUUAUUUGUUUAUUUGUAACUAGGUUACAAGUUUACAGUUAAAUAUCCAAAAAUAAAAGUUUUGAAGUUUUUAAAAGUGAAUGCAAACAAAAGAACUACUGUAACACAAGGAAGUGAGUUAGUAUUGAGUGAGCUAGAAGAGGGCGUAGUCCUGAGGUUAGGUUGGAGGAAACAAUAAGAGCUCGUGGAGUUCAUGCUGUGCAGACAUGAGGAGAGGAUGAACUGACUUCUACUCCUUCAGCUCCAAAGUAAGUAAUUAUUUAUUUAUGCUUCUGUGCUCAAAACGGCCUGAUAGUAAAUUUCCUCAUUGCCUAUAUAAUGUUAAAAGCUAUGGUUAAAACCAUUCUGUUGUGUAACUAUAUUACCAGGGUUGACCAGAACUAUAGAUUUUAAAUCUGGUGGACUUAACAGGGAAACGUGUGAACUAGAUGAAGACUUUUAUAUUUGUGGUGUAAAGCAUUUGUAUGGUUAAAGCUGGUGUGUUGUUGUAAAUAAAAAACUUUUUUUUUUUUCGUUAGUAAUACUGUUUUUCAUUCAUUUAGCUAAUCCUGUUAGAAAAGUAGGUGCUCUUGGUUAUAAAGUGAGAUGUUUUGUGUGUUUUUUGAUGUAUGUACAAGUAAAAAAAAAAAUAUAUAUAUAUAUAUUUAUAUAUAUAUAUUUGGAGAGAGAGAGAGAAGAAAGAGAGGGAGACCACAAUGCAUGAUUAGAGCGAGUCAUUUUUAAGUGUAGUUUCAACGGACAUACUGCAAUGCAAUGUGAAACAGAAAGUUUGGAGCUACUCACGUUUAAAAAAAUAAUGAUGCACAUAUAUAAAGUUACUAAUUAUUAUAGAAUGUAUUGCUAUUCAUACAAGCUGAAGGACAGAAUUGUUUUUGUGGAAUAUUCUAAGAAGCCCUAUGUAUUCCACUCUGAUAGCUUUUACUGAUAACUUUUCGUGUCUCUUUCCGAGUGGUGAUCUGUGAUGCUGAAGAUGUUCCCCAUGCUGAUUGGUCUACUGCUAUACACUGUUACCAUUCCCCAAACUGAAACCUGCAGCUAUAAGGUUCAACUACUGCAAGAGAGCAUCAACUCCUGCUUCAAUAAAAUGAAGAAUGACUCAUGCACAAUUUCACAACAAGGAAAAUUAUGCUCUAUAGAAAAAGCACAUGGAGUUACUUGUGUGAAAACAGUGUCAGGUGCUGAUUUGGCAUGUAUGGAUGAAGAUCUUACAAAAGUAUCUGUCGAGAACCUCACAUGUGCUAGGGAUCAACAAAGUCUAAGCUGUACAAAAGAAUUCCCACUAGGUGAUGUCAAACAGACAAGUGCAUCACCUGUAACUACUUGUCUUGGAGGUUUUUUGUAUCUUUUUGCUGCUGUCACACUUUAUUUUUUUAUUUUUUGAAACUACAAGCAAGCAGGACUAAUUAAGGACUGAUUUAAGAACCUAAGGAGCAACAGCUUCACACUCUGGAGAAGAUAAUCAGAUUCAUGUUGUUAUUUGAACACAAGAGAGUGGAUCAAAACAACACAUGAAGGCUUCAGUGCAACAGACACAGUGAGACGGCUUGUGUCUAAAGGACCACACACUAUACGCCAUUAAAGUCAGACUGCAUAGACUCUCAAAGACUGUUCCUUGGAUGGGUAUAGGGUGGACUGGAAAUCUGUAGGACUGGAACGAGUAGGACCAAGCCACUCCCUGUUCUCACAGCUGCCGAGUGGAAGGAGGCUCAGAAGCUUGAAGACCAGAACCAGCCGGUUCCGAGACAGAUUGCUAAACUGCUAAUAAGCAAUUAACUACAAAAGACCAGAAUGAUAACAACACUAGGUACCAGUGCCAUUUUCUAUAUAACCAGAUCUUUCUGUCCAGCGCAUUUCCUUAA